GAUGUUGCCAUGGAAAUUCAAGUAAAGCCCAUUGUAAACAAUUAAUUCCCUGGCCGACGCAACGAUUCGACUAGUACAGUACAGUAUAAUGGCAGAAGAACUGAUAGAACUUUCUAUUGAGGAUAAAGAUGAAGAAGUGGAGGAAAAUGUAGUACAAGAAGUUUCAGCAGAAGAAACAAAGGAGGUGUCUACUAGUGGGGACCCUGUGCAGGAUAAUGCCACUCAAGAGACCACCACUCAAGAUCCUACUAUCCAGGAAGAGACCCCAGCUAGUCAAGAGUUGUCUACAGAGCCUCAAGAAAGCAGCCAUGAACCAGAGGAGCUACCUAGUGAACCAAUAGAGACAGUGGAGACAGUAGCUGGUGGCAAUGAACCAGUGGAGCCAGUGGAGACAGUAGCUGGUGACAAUGAACCAGUGGAGCCAGUGGAGACAGUAGCUGGUGACAAUGAACCAGUGGAGGCAGUAGCUGGUGACAAUGAACCAGUAGAGACAUUAGCUGGUGACAAUGAACCAGUGGAGACAGUAGCUAGUGACAAUGAACCAGUGGAGACAGUAGCUGGUGACAAUGAACCAGUGGAGACAGUAGCUGGUGACAAUGAACCAGUGGAGACAGUAGCUGAUGACAAUGAACCAGUGGAGGCAGUAGCUGGUGACAAUGAACCAGUGGAGGAAGUAGAGAAGCUAGCUACAGACCUGGAGCAGCGUUCAGCGAGUGGGCAUCCGGUGAGCGGUGAGGAGGGGCGUUCAGUGAUUGGGCGUCCGGUGAGCGGUGAGGAGGGGCGUCCAGUGAGUGGUGCUGUGCCAUUGAUAGACAUUCUUGAAGAGGGGGAAGAAGAGGGGGAGUUGGUGGACAGAGAAUGGUUACUAGCCAGUCUCCAGGAGGAGCUGGUUGAGAAGGAACGAUUGAGAGCUCUCUGUGGACAAUUAGAGCAUAAGAUUGCAGAGCAUCUCUUAACCAGGAAGAGAUCUGAUGAUAGCUCUGAUGCCGCUGGGCGUACUGUGGCUGAUCAAGAGAUGAGAUAUACACAGUGUCUAGUGGCUCUUGAUAGACUCCAGUUGGAGAUGGCUGGACUGCACGAAUCCUUUACACAGCAAGAGGGAGAACUCAGAGCUCUUAGGGAGGAGAAACUGGGUCUAGUCAUACAAGUCAAUGCUGAGUUUGCUGAGUACAAGAAAGAGACAUGUCUGAUGGCAGUUACUAGUCGCAGUGGCAAGAAACUGACAGCUCAGGAGUUGGAUGAGUACCAUAGCUGGGAGGAGCAGAAGGAGGUAGAGGUGAUUGCUGUAAGGUUGGAGAACAUUAAACUGCAGAACAAGAUCACCAAACUAGAGGGACUUGUGAGGAAGAAGGAGCAGUUAGCUGAGGGCCUGCACAUGAUAGACUUUGAGCAGCUCAAGAUAAACAAUGUAGACUUGAAUGAAAAGAUUGAGGAAAGAAAUGAAGACAUCUUAAAGCUUCGUCGGAAAGUUACUUCCACUGUACAAGUACUCACUCAUGUCAAGGAGAAGCUACAAUUCUUACAGAUUGAGAGUGUUGACAAGAGGAGUACACUAGGCUCUAUGGACACUGUUGUAGCCAAGAGCCGAGACCACCUAACAAGACUCAAGCAAGCCAGGGAUUUACUGAGGAUGGACAAUACAAGACUCAAGCAGCGUGGCGGUUUGGUAGGCCACAAGGUCUUAUUAAGAGAUUAUGAGGAAAGAAAGGGCGAGAAUGAGGAGUUGGUGUGUCGACUAGAAGCACUGCAGCAAAGACACUCUGAGCUCUCACUUGUGUGUGAGGGACUCAGGAGAAAGAUAGAGCAAGCCAAAACUAUCAACUCUCAUCACAUAAUAAUGUGAACCUUACAAGUACAUUAUGUGCUGUACAUGUGUAUACAUAAUUAUAAUCAAAAUUGUUGUUGACAAAAGGCAUAA